UUGUUGCACAGUAAACAAACUGCUAUGAGUUGCUUUCGAUUCUCUACUGGUCUCUCCAUCAUUUUCUACGUUUCCACCACCAGUCAGAAUCCGACAUCCCAAAGCACUACCUUACACACGCAACCACCGCAUAUAAAUGAGACAGAAACUCAAUCAAGUGAUAUAGACAGCACUAAAGUAUACUCGGACGUGUCCGAAUUUCGUAGGGUGAUCGGAGUGGAUUUCAUGCGUUGUGAGCCACUGGUUCCUAUUGCCAACGCCAAGAUCACUAUGUCCACACCAUUCCCACGUGUUAGGACAACUGCAAAAAUAGUCUGUGAUGCUGGAUCAACUAUAGUUGGAUCAGAUAUUCUAGAGUGCAAUCCAAUGAUAUACAACAUGUUAGAGACGGGAGGAUGGAGUGCAGAAGCACCUGUAUGCCUGCCGGUUGUUGAAAGAACAAAUGCUCAACAGUGUCAGUUACCACAAUUGCCUCCUGAUUCCGUUUUCCUUCACCUUGGAAAGUACACCCCAAUCAACCACCUUGCAAGCUAUGUUUGCACCAACACUGACCUUGUCAUCUUCUACCCCCUUUUGUGUACACGAAACCGAAAUGGAUACAUGGAGUUCAUGGGCAGCACUCAGCACUGCACUGACAAGUGCAAUGGUCAGUGUGCCGAGAAUGCCAUUUGCGCUACUAAGAUUCCACUUAAGGGGCAAAGUGUUCCUACCUAUAACUGCGAGUGUAAGAAACCGGAAUACAUUGGAACUGGUUACAAGUGCACAAAAAACCCUUGCCAGUCCACCAUUCCUGUAUGUGGGCGUUACGAGAAGUGCGAUCUCAUAGAUGACCCAAUGGAAGGCAUGGCAAACUACGAAUGUAACUGUGUUGACGGUUUCUUCAAAUAUAACGACAAGUGUGCACCAGUGUUGUAGUGAUUGAAACAAGAAAACGUGAGUCAGACACAAGAGCAUCCAACGAUAGUUGCAACACUCAAUGAAUAAAACAAAUAUGAUUACACCAAUAAGGCACGAGUACACAAAUAACGUAUAUUUUAUCUACGAC